AUGUUUUUGUUGAAUUCUUUAAGAGGAAUUACUCGCGGAAACCGGUCGAAAAAACAUCAGAAUAAUUACAAUUCCGGAAACUCAUCACCAGGAUCGCCGUUAAAAAAGAGCUCCAAUGUUCAAUCGUCAAAAACAAACUCUCCUAGCUCGAAUCAACCUCCUCUUUACUUGCUUCAACCAUUUGUUCGAAACCAUCUAGUAAAGGGAAACUUUCUCACAAUCGUAUCUUUACCGAAAUAUGUGGAUUUGGAUGAAUGGCUUGCUUUAAAUGUUUAUGAACUGUUUACUUAUUUGAAUCACUUCUAUGAUGUCUUUACUUCUUUUUGUACAGUAGAUACUUGUCCCAUAAUGCAGGCAGGAACCCACUUUGAUUACAAAUGGUUGGAUAAUAAUCGGAAGCCUCUUUCUUUGCCAGCUCCCCAAUAUAUAGAGUAUGUCUUGGCCUGGAUCGAAAAUCGCCUUCAAGACCAAAACGUUUUUCCAACAAAAGCUGGCUUUCCCUUUCCUACUAACUUCCAUGCAAUUGUUCGAUCUAUUUACAAGCAAAUGUUUCGAGUAUUUGCUCACAUCUACUACGCUCAUUAUGCUGAAAUCCUUCAUUUGUCUUUAGAAGCCCAUUGGAAUUCUUUCUUUGCUCAUUUCAUCGCCUUUGCGAAAGAAUUCCAUCUUUUAGAUCCCCGUGACACGUUCCCUCUGAAAGACCUAAUUUCGGUUUUAGAAGAGCAGGGCAAUAUAUAA